UCAGGAUCAGACGGUCCUUGAGACAAUGAAAUGCAUAGGUGCGUGUGCGCAGGGGGUUAUGUGUGUGCGGUAGGUUGUGGGAGGCCCAUGUUCAGGCCUGCCCGGAAUGUCUGGUGGCCAAGCUGGAGAGAGACCGGCUGCCUGAACAACAGAGGAAGAGGGGUGUUGCGUGCAUGAGGGGACCCGAGAUCGGCAGAGCAGUGAAAUGGACCGUGGGCAUGAUGGGACUGGUAUGGUGGCAUUCUGGAACAGUUCCCAACAGUGUUGUCAGGUUUCUCCUUGAUUGCAAGGGCUGCAAUAGCUUCUCCAGGACUACGAUGGGGGGAUGAGAAUAUUAGUGAAACAGCGGCAUUUGCCCCAUGGGACACACACAGUGGAGGCACAGCAUGACUUGGGUUGGGGGCCGAAUAUUUGCACGUCCUAAAGAACAUGUGCAAACUCGCACGUCCUAAAGUGAGUGAGGUUGGGGGGUACCAGUUGGAUGGAAUCCGUCAGCAUGGAAUCUCCACCCCACUGGGUCCAGCUCUACCCGGAGUAUCACAACGACAACAUCAUUCCCCUGCACUAUAACUACACGGGGAAGCUCUACAAUAGCAAAUACAAGGGGAGACUCCAAGUCAACGCCAUCGUCUUCCUGGUGGUGUGCGCCUUCACAGUAGCCGAAAACCUCGUGGUUCUGCUGGCCAUAUGGAGGAACAAGAAAUUCCAUGCGCCCAUGUACUACCUGCUCGGGAAUCUAACCCUGUCGGACUUACUGGCUGGAGUCGCUUACGCUGCCAAUAUCGUCCUAUCCGGGCCCAGCACUCUCCGGCUGACUCCCCUCCAGUGGUUUCUACGUGAGGCGGGGGUCUUUGUCACACUCGCCGCUUCCGUCCUCAGCCUCUUUGCGAUUGCCGUUGAGAGACACAUCACCAUGGUCCGCGUGCGGCUUUACCACGGGGACAAGAAAAGGCGCAUGCUCCUGUUGGUGGGGGCCACCUGGGUGGCCUCCUUCGCGCUCGGGGCGCUGCCCCUCCUGGGCUGGAACUGCCUCGGCUGCCUUCCGGAAUGUUCCACGGUGCUGCCCCUCUAUUCCAAGCACUACGUCCUCUUCUGUAUCGUGGUCUUCCUGGUCAUCCUCCUCUCCAUUGUGGUGCUGUACGCCCGGAUCUACUGCAUGGUCAAGUUCAACGGGCAGCGCUUGGGCCGCCUGUACAAGGGCGUGCCGAAGACAUCCAAGAGGUACAUGUCCCUGCUGAGAACCGUGACCACCGUGGUGGGCACCUUCAUUGCCUGCUGGCUGCCCCUGUUUCUCCUCUUACUGCUGGACGUUGCGUGCCAGAACCAAGCUUGCGGCGUACUCUACAAGGCGGAUUACUUCCUGGGUUUGGCGAUGAUCAACUCUCUGCUGAAUCCCGUCAUUUAUACCCUGACCAAUAAGGACCUGCGGCGGGCCAUCUUCAGGUUGCUGUGCUGUCUCCUGGCCGUUGCGCCGGGCGCGGAGGGGAGCCGGGCCAAGCGCUUUGGCCUCCCCGUACUGGAAGGCAGCACCAGCAAGUCGGACCACUCCUCGCACCAGGAGGGACCAAACGCCAAUCUGUCGGUCAGGAAUGGCGCCCCCGCAGCAAGCGAGGCGUUAGUGUCAAAAGCCGCCGCCUGAAUUCUUCCGUUUGGCUCCGCCCUGGGUGAUUGCGCUGGGGCACAGGUCGCCAGGAGUGCAGGCUGCUAGAGGCAUGAGUCCUGGUGGAAUGAAUGAGAGAUCAGAGGUAGGGUUGUCAGGCAACCAGCAGGGA